AUGGAUAUAUUCAUUUCAUGUUUCCUUCAAUUUUUAACUUCUAUUCUAAUCGUACCCCUCAAAAAAGAUCGAAGCCGUGGGAUUUAUUUCACUCAGGAUUGGGUUUCUCUACCAGGUGUUCUUCCCGUUGCUUCAGGGGGUAUUCACGUUUGGCAUAUGCCUGCUCUGACCGAGAUCUUUGGAGAUGAUUCCGUACUCCAAUUCGGUGGUGGCACCUUAGGGCAUCCUUGGGGAAAUGCACCAGGUGCCGUAGCUAAUCGAGUAGCUCUCGAAGCAUGUGUACAGGCUCGGAAUGAGGGUCGUGAUCUUGCUCGUGAGGGUAAUGAAAUCAUCCGUGAGGCGAGCAAAUGGAGUCCUGAAUUAGCUGCUGCUUGUGAAGUAUGGAAGGGGAUCAAAUUUGAAUUCCCAGCAAUGGAUACUUUGUAAUCCGGUGGUUACUGUUCGUUCUAGAUAAUUGCAAUUAAACUCGGCUCAAUCUUCAAAAAAGGAUUGAGCCGAAGACAAAGAUACUUAAUUUAUUGCAUAAACAUAAUAUAUCUUAUUUUUCUUUUUUAUUAUAUCCAUAAAGUUCUAUAUUCUAAUCGAUUAGAUAUAUCUUAUCUAUUAGAUAUAUAUUAGAGUCUAGAAAUGUAGAGUAUAUAAAUAAAUGGAUAUGGAAUAGUUAAAUUGGAGUAUUUCAAUAAAGAGAAAUAGAAAAAAUUGAAUUAAUAAUUUAAUAAUUUUUCUAAAAAAUUAGAAAGAAUAGUGACAAAUAUCAACUAGAAUAUAUUUAUUUAUAUAAUAAUAAUAAAAACAAAUUACUAAAAAUAUAAUCAAAUUCGAUUUAUAUUAAUAUUUCAUUUUUUUUUUUCGAAUUUGAAUUCAUUUGUUUUUCGCGAUUCUAUGUUU